AUGGCUGGCCUGGAUUUAAGCAAUCACUAUAUUCACCAACUUCAAAGGCCUGAUUUCAACCACCACCACCACCACCAGCCGCCGCCGCCUCCUCCACCCGAUUCUCAAUCGUGUCAUGACACCGAAUCUCAUCAUCUCGCCACCGAUACGGUGGCGUCUCGUCGACCACGCGGUCGUCCACCCGGUUCCAAAAACAGACCAAAGCCACCGGUCAUCAUAACUCGAGAAAGCGCAAAUACCCUAAGAGCUCAUAUUCUCGAGAUCGGCGGUGGCUGCGACGUCUUCGAUAGUAUCGCUUCUUACGCUCGCCGCCGUCAGCGUGGGAUCUGUAUCUUGAGUGGCAGCGGAACGGUAACGAAUGUCAACUUACGACAACCGACCGCGGCCGGAUCUGUGUUAACCCUACAAGGUAGGUUUGAGAUAUUAUCGCUCACUGGAUCUUUCUUACCGCCACCGGCUCCUCCCGGCGCCACCAGUUUGACCAUAUACUUGGCUGGUGGGCAAGGGCAAGUGGUCGGUGGUAACGUCGUUGGAGAAUUGAUGGCGGCCGGACCAGUGACGGUCAUCACCGCUUCGUUUACGAAUGUAGCAUACGAGAGAUUGCCACUGGAAGACGAAGAACAAGAACAAGAACAAGAACAAGAUCAGAUUCAGAUGCAACCACCGACAUCGCACGGAAACAAUAACCCAUUUCCAGAUCCAUCUUCAGGGCUUCAGUUCUUCAAUUUGCCUGUAAAUAUGCAGAAUCAAAUUCAGCUACCAUUCUGA